UCAUUUAUUCAAUUCAAUUGCUCGUUUACCUUUAUGGAAAAAGAAUCCAAACGUUACUCUGCUUUACCUUUUUUCUAAUAGAGGCCAUCAUCACCAACCCCGACACAACUUAACGUUACUCUCUCUCCUAUUCUACUCCUCACUACUUGUACUCCUCGCCUGUACGUACGCCCAUCUGUUGUGUUUUUCUCUCCACUCUCGCACACUACACACGAUAUCAAAUACAGACUCUCUCUCACCACACGAGAACCCCAACUCUUGUUUGUUUUUAAGGAUUUUCUUUUUGUCUCUGGAUCAUGGAAAUGGCUAGCGGAUGUUCCGAGAUCCUUGAACCCCACCCGCUUGAUUCGGGUCUGCAAGCUGAACCCGCGGGGGGAAGGGCUGAGAUUGACACCUCUGCGCCCUUCGAGUCGGUUAAGGAGGCGGCCAGCCGGUUCGGUGGGAUGGGUUUCUGGAAACCCAUUUCUCAUAAGCCUUCUGAAAAUGCCUCUGAGCAUGAUGGAGAAUCGUUUGACGUUGUCAAAGUGGAGGAACAGGCUGCACAGUUGGAAAGAGAUCUUAUCACCAAGGAAAGAGAAACACUCGACGUUUUGAAGGAACUGGAAGCCACCAAAAACAUUGUUGAAGAACUGAAGUUAAAGCUGCAGAAAGAAGCAUCUGAAAUUAAUGCAGCUCUCACAGCAAAUGCGCACAUCUAUGUGAAUUCUGUUGCUGAAGUACCAGAAGAAGGGGAACGCAAUAGCGACAAUAAUGGAUUUGGUGGUUUAGACCUGUGUCCCUCGGCAGCCCCCGGUCUCAUCCUACUGGAGCUGAAACAGGCUAAAUUGAAUUUAACCAGGACUACUAACGAUCUUGCUGACAUUCGAGCUACAGUUGACCUAUACAACAAGAAAAUUGAGAAAGAAAGAGCGUCUCUUGAGAAGACCCGUGUAAGGCUGUCUUCGAAUACCACGAAAAUAUCAAGUCUAGAAGAGGAGCUAAACCAAUCAAAACAAAAACUGGAGCUGGUGAAAGGUGCUGAAGUCCAAGAUAGUUCUAGUGAUCCCUUAAAUAUCACAAGGGAGCUACACAAGCUAAGUUCAGAGACUGAACAAUUUAAGCAAGUUGGGGAAGCUGCAAGAUUAGAAGUUCAGAGGGCAAUGUCGGAGAUUGAACAAACAAAGACUCGGAUUAGGACUGCAGAGAUCAGGUUGCGUGCUGCAAAGAAAAUGAAGGAAGCAGCCAGAGCUUCUGAAGCUGUGGCACUUGCAGAAAUCAAAGCACUCUCUAAUAGUGAAAACAAAUCCUCUGCUUCUCAAUGUGAAAAUAUAACUCUUACCUUUGACGAAUACUCGUCCUUAAUAUCUAAAGCUCGAGAAGCAGAGCUAGCAUGUAAGGGUAGAGUUGAGGAUGCAACGCUUCAAAUUGAUGAAGCGAACUUAUCUAAGACAGAAAUCUUGAAAAAGGUUGAAGAAGCAACAGAAGAAGUGAAAAUUAGCAAGAAGGCCUUGGAAGAAGCAUUGAGUAGAGUGGAAGCAGCAAAUAAAGGUAAGUUGGCGGUUGAAGAGGCUCUCCGGGUGUGGAGAUCUGAGCAUGGUCACAAAAGACGUUCCAUUCACAACUCUACCAAAUUCAAGAAUCCUCAUCCAUCCAUCCACCGGAAAGAGUCUCGUCUGCUUGAUGUAAAUGGUCUGAAUCUUGGGAAUGAAGAGCUAAAACCAGUUCUGAGGCCAACUCUAUCAAUUGGGCAAAUAUUAAGCAGGAAACUGCUGCUAACCGAAGAGUAUGAGAACGGAAUGCAAACAGAGAAAAGCAUGGGCAAGCGCAAGGUAUCACUUGGCCAAAUGCUUACAAAGCCUAAUGCUGAUCCACAUCCUGGUAAGAAAUCCGGGAAAGAAAACAAUGAACUCCCAGCAAAGAGAAAGAAGUUUGGUUUUGCUCGGAUCUCGCUCCUCGUGACGAAGCAAAGCAAGAAGAAGAAGAAACAAACAGCAAAUUCGAUGUGCCGCAGCACAUAAAUUGAGGUUCCUCUCCGUCAUUCCCAGUAGUGUGUGUUGCGCCUUUGUGUAAAUGGCCUUGUACCUAAGCUUAUUAUGGCCUUUGAGAUAUUAUUAUAUCUAUCUGCAUUUCAGUUGUCUUAGUAGUCAGAUUUGUAGGGGGAGAAAUGUGUAUGGUUUGAACUCUAAGGUAAUAUGUAAUCUUGAAUGUACUUGCUUCGUUUUAUGUAUUAUUCAUGUUGAUGGAGCCA